AAACCGGAGCGUUGUGCAUCUCCCCACUCAUCUCUGCGAACGGUCCUAUAAGAAAAGCCAUGGAAGAAGUAAUAACGGAUUUGUAUAACAUUCUUAUUCACUUGGAAUACCCUGGAGUGGCGGAAACCAGUUUGAAGGAUUUCGAACCUGUUAUUCUGUAUGGUUCAAAUCGUACAAAGUUAUUAAGUUGGCUUAUUAGUAAAAAUUCUGAACAUCUUGGAGUGUGUUUAGAGAAUUUACAAGAUACUGCCUUACAAGAUAAACUGAAUGAAUAUUAUUUUGAAAUGGGUAUUUGUAACAAUAAAGAUGAGCUAAUGGGUAAAUCAACAAAUUCUGCUCAACUUGCUUUUUUAAAAAGGCUAAGGAUUUUUAUGAACAAUAUGGUAGUAACGCAUUUAAAUAUUAGUAACCCGAUAGGUAAGAAGACAGUUGAACAAAUUCUGAAUGAUUUGAAUAAAGGUACCAACAUAAUUCCUUCAUCUUGCAACAUUAGAAAAAAUGUUGAAGCUGUAAAGGCAGCAUCAUAUAUAGAAAAGGUUAAAAAGUCAUUGACUGAAAUUGAAGAUCUGCAAAUUUUGUAUGAUCCUGAGUCACAAUUUGUUGCUGAAGAGGAAAUCCCCAAUAACGAGUGCAAUAAUGAUGCAAAGGAUUCAUUAUUCACUGCAGCUAAACAAUUUUUAACAGGUUUUGAAAUGCCUGUAAGUUCAACACCCUCUACUGCUGGUGAAUAUUCUGAAAGAUAUAAGAAAUGUAUGGAUCAUGAGAUUCAGAAUUUAUACGAGAACUUCUCAUCUCUUAAUCCGAUAUUACAUUCAAGGACAAUGCUGUCAAACUUCAUGAAUAUUGACUUACUGGAUAAAAUUAAUACACCACUAACUCAAGUAAUGGAAGACACAGUUAUUCAUAUAGAAGAAAUUCAUAAUCUCUUAAGCAAAGGCAAUUAAUGUAAUCAUAAAUUGUGUGGUAAUUUUAAAUACAUGUAUAAUUUGUAUCGCUUAA